CAAAUUAGUGUAUCGAUGCGGGCUGAUGGAAAUUUAUUUAUUGGACAUUAUUCUACUUUCUUAAAUAAAGAGCCUAAUGAAGCUUUUGCUCGCUUCAUAAAACAAUAUGGUGGAGUUUUUCGGUAUCAUGGAUUAAUGAACCAAGCUUUUCUAUUGAUUUCCGAUCCAAAACUUGAAAUGGUACCAACAAUUGUUCGCGUGGCACAUCAGUCAAAAGAAAUUUGGAAAAGUCAAAUUAAUGAUAAUAAAGAAACCAAGUUGAUAAUUUCGACAUUUUUAUCAAAAGUGACUUUAGAUAUUAUUGGAUUAGUUGGAUUUAAAUAUGAAUUCAAUAACAUUACAUCAGAGAAUGAAGUAGCAAGUGCUUAUACACGACUUUUUCAUCAUAAAAGAACAGCCUUUAAUGUGGCUGUUUCGUUAUUAGUAAAUUACAUCCCAUGGAUUAGAAAACUUCCAUUACCAAGAAAUCGUGAAAUACGUAGAUGCAUUAAAAUUAUUGAAAAAGCAUCUUUAAAAUUAGUAGAAGAAAGGCGAGAAUUUAUUAGAAAAGGGAAACCUAUAGGCAAAGAUUUAUUAUCAUUAUUAAUUACUAUAAACGAAAAUUUACCUGAAGUGGAAAAAAUGUCUGAUAAAGAAUUACAAUAUCAAAUUAUGACAUUUUUAACAGCGGGACACGAAACCACAAGUUCUGCAGCUUCUUGGUCAUUAUAUUUACUUGCUCAACAUCCCGAAAUUCAAAAUCGUCUUCGUAAAGAGCUAAUCGAAGCAUUUCCUGAUCCCAAUUUUGAGCCAACAUUUGAUGAAAUUAAUUCUUUGGAAUAUUUAGAUUGUGUUGUUAAGGAAUCUAUGAGAAUUAUUCCUCCAGUUCCGAUAAUCAUUCGUACACCUGCAAAAGACGAUAUCUUACAAAAUUAUUUGGUUCCAAAGAAUACUCCCAUAAUAAUACCGAUAGCGGCAAUCCACAAACUUCCUGAAAUCUGGGGAUCAGAUGCCGAUAAAUUUAUACCAGAAAGAUGGCAAACUUCAGAUUUAAUGUCAAAAGUUAAUAAUUAUACGUAUAUGCCAUUUAUUACAGGUUCUAGAUCUUGUAUAGGAAAUAAAUUGGCUCUUACAGAAUUUAAAAUUUUGUUAGCAGUAUAUAUUAGAAAUUUCAAAUUUAGAAAAAUUGAAGGGUUUGAAGUUAGAAAGAGACAAAUGAUCGCUACAAGACCUUAUCCUGCUAUUGAAUUAUUGGUCUCUAAAGUUGAAGAGUAG